AUGAAAGCCAUGAAUGCCGAAACUCUGUUGCAGAGUCUGAUCGACAACGGAGUACCGGCGGCGCAGGAGAUACACCAGGAGCUGGCGGACGCGCGGCAGUUCCAAGCGGCAUCGCGGGCAGCUCUCAAGGACGCAGCAGUGUUCGGCCGAACCAACAUGGGGAGGCAAACCUAUCAGACAAUUCUCACUGCUCAUGCCUACGAUGGGGACGAGGGGGCAUCCACGUUGCCAGGCUACCGCAAGGCCGAGAUACUCGGCGUUGACCCGGCCGAAUUUUCGCGUGCGCGGCAGCGGGCGAAGUCGCUACAGCCCCGCGUACCCCCUGCAGCAGCGCUGGAGGCAGGAGCGUACUGGUACCGCUCCCGACGUAAGAGGAGCGACGCCACCCCACCAGAGCUAGUGGAGCUCAUGAAGGACUUCUGGCACAACGAUGCGGUAUCGCGCCUGACGGGAAACUCUGCUCACAUCUUCCGGGAGUCCAAGAGUCCAACUGCAAGCACACACCCUCGCCGGCAGCUCAUGGUAGAGGGAGGGGGCGAGACGGUAUUCUCCAAGUUCCUAGAGUCGCCGGAGUUCAACAACUUCAAGCGUAUCUGGAGGUCAGAGAAAGGCGAGGACAUCAAGGACCACGGGCGCACCCGGUUUCUCUCGACACGGUGCAAGUGUCUGACGGCGCCGAAGACAGACCAGUGCGCGUGCAAGAUCCACACGCAGCAAACCUUCUACCUUGAGGCGCUGAAGAACAUGACACUGGUGGACCGCCCGGUAUGCGACUGCCGAUGGUGUAGCGUCGAGGAUGGCGACGCGAUAUGGAAGGGGCACUGGCAGCACUUGGGGACUUUCUCGGACGCCCUCGCUUGCCAAAGCACAGCAAGGGACGGCGACAUAGUCAUCGAGACGGACUUCAUCGAGAAGUACACUCACGAACCCUCAAAAGUCCUAACCUGCGCGAGGCACGACACCACUACCCUCAUGGUGGCCAUCGUGCACUUCUGCCCACAAGAGUGGGAGGGCGGCGGCAGGGUACACCUGAGCGAGACAUGGGUGUUUGCUUCCGCGGACCCUGCCCACGACUUCGACUUUCAUCUCCAUGCCCUAAAAAAAAUAGCUGACUACUACUUGGAUGGUGAGGGGUCUGCAGCUACUGCAUCUGCUAGGGAGGACAACCGGGUGCCUCGAAUGCUCAUGUUCACGGACGGCUGCGCCAAACAGUACAAGGGCAGGCGCAACUUCCGCUUCUUGUCCAACAGUGUGCGGGAGCUCGGCUUCAUCGUGGAGCACCACUUCGCGGCAACCUCUCAUUUCAAAGGUUGCCACGAUGGCAUCGGCGGCGUUGAGAAGAAUGCCAUGAAGAAGUCGGAGCAACUCGGCAGGGUAAUCACCGGCGCGAAGGGUGUAGUGGAGUUCGUGAGCAACUACUUUGCCGACAUCAGCAAGAAGAGCCUCUCCGAAUACUUCGCUAGAUGGUCGGCGUAUCGUAUCCGACGCGUGCACACAAAGCUCAUCGGACCAACCGCAAUCUACAGACCAAAGCGGGAUCUUGUGGGCAUCACCGGUACUCGAGACAACUACGUCUUCAUCGGGGCCAACACGCCCACAUCAGACGCCUCCACCGCUACCAGACUUGGGAGAAACGUAGACGUUCCGGACGUCGUGAAAAGGGAUUGGGCGCUAGCGAUGGGAGUGGGCGAAGGAGUGGUGAAGGGGACGGGGCUCACCGUCGUAGCGGUAAAGGAGUAUGUACCAUGGAGCAACGCGUGGGAGAGGAAGGAUGGUGGGGAGGUGGAGGGCGACGGGGGUGGGGACGAGGCUGAAGAAGACGAGGCGGGGGAUGGGGGGGGGGGCAGGCGAACCAAUCGGAAGCGGACGAGGAGCCAGAUGCUCGUGCGCUCGGGUGACGUCGAGCAAGAGGAGGAGGAGGAGGAGGAGGAGGAAGAAGAACAACAACAACAAGAGUCGGGGGGGCGGGGGGCGGGGUCCAGGCGUUCCGGUCGCACGCGGGUGGAGAACGUGACAUUGAUUGAUCAGGGAUGGGAUGAGUCGUCGUCCAGCGAAGAGGAAGAUCCUUCUGAUUUCACGGGGGGGUUGGUGGGGGUGUGCAGGCGUUCCGGUCGCUCGCGGGUGAAGAACGUUACGCUGGUAGAUCAGGGAUAG